CGGCCGUUCCUCGCGCCCCACCCGGACAUCUUUAAAUACCUUCACCGCCCCUGGAGAACGUUAUAUGUGCGUAAAACAAAACCAGGAAUGUGAUUAUAUUUUCUUCCACUUUACGACAUUCCUCGUUAGGUUCUCGUAACAUGGAACUGGACCGGCGGCUGCUGCUGGCCCACUGCGCGGCUCACGCCCUCUCGAUGGCGGCGGGCUUGCUGGCGGUGGUCCCCAUGGCUCUCAGCGGCUCCGCCUUCAAAGGCCGCUGCGCCCUCUUCUCCAGCGGCUACUGGACGACGGAGGACCGGGGAGAGGUGACCGGUCGGCAGGGAGACGUGUCCUACCUGGUGGUGCGGCAGUGGGGCCCGCCGGCAGCCUGCCAGCUCGCCACCUUCGUGGGCAUCUUCACGGUGCUGUACGGGGCCGCGCAGGGCUGGAGGUCCCUCUUCUAUCUGCACGGACGACAUGACGACACCCUGUUUUCGUCCUUCCUGACGGUGCUGCUGAGUGUGUGUGUCCUCUUCCUGUCUGGAGGGGCCAGUGUGAUCUUGUCUCUGGGACUCGUCUCCUGGUGUGACACCGUGACGGAUCACAACCGACAGCCAUACAGCUGUGCAGAAUCCCAGUCUGUCCCGCUUUACCUGGAUGUGAACACCUCCUCUUUCUACACGGAGCUCAGUGUGGCACAGGCGGCUCUGUGGGCUGUGACGGCUCUGUGGCUGGCUCAGUCCAUCCUGGCCUUCCUGCGACUCUACCACUCUCACAGCCAGCACCUGCGCCGGCCGUGUCGUCCCCGAGAGAAGGAGCUGCUGCUGGAACACAGUUUAUCCGACGCCGGCUCCCCCACGCCUCCACAUCCGCCAGCGACACCGACCAUCUCUGCCUAACUGAGAGAGAGAAGGAGGUUCUUAUAAACAACGUCACGUAUGGAACGUGGGCAUGGCUUGGGACUUUGUAUUUAGUGUAGGUUUCCAUUUUCAUGUAGUUCAUAAUGUGUAAUAGCAAACCGUGUCUGCUGAUGUGUAAUAAGAUACGUCGCUGUAGAAAUGCCAAAGAAAAGUCAUUUAAAAACGGGUUCUUCAUUCUACCGUUUGUCCUCCAGAGAGCACUGGCCGGGCUGUGUGAUGUAAUCAGAUGACUGAGCAGCGCCGCAAACAAUUCCAUUAUACCACCAUCACAGUCGGCCCCGUCUCACUCAACCACCACGACUUACGUUUACAGUUUUGGCCUCUUGUAUUUAUUGCAUUUGAGCAACCGAGAAUCUGGUUUUCUGAAUGAUCACAAAGCAAUUUACAAAAUCUUUAACUAUUCAGUUUGCUUUAAGAUAAAAAAAAAGAUUUUAACCCGUUCCCCUGUUAUCAGAAAGGAACAACAGAUCACGCAGUUGUUGAUCACAACAAAAUAAGCUAAUUAGAACUGUUUUACUUUGGUCAGGGUUUUCCUGUCUGUCCCUUUCUGCCCAAAUGAUAUGACCGUAGCAUGUAAUAUCUCCCUGCUUGUUCCACGUGAUGGAAAAUAUUAAUGCAGUAUUUUGUAUUUCCAGCAAAAUUUGUUUGGAUCCGCCAUCAGAUAUAGAACAUAUUUAAUAUCACACAGCAGCACUCUGGUUAUUUUUUUUCAGAGCUGUGCUAGAAUAUGUUUAUUUUUAGCUCCAAUGUAACGCAGAUACACAAGAACCACUAACUGGGACAAAGCUCUACUAUUUGCUGGAACAAAAAUGAUUUUACAGAAAAUUAAAAAGGCUCCGAAGCAGAUGUUCAGUCAUCUGGUCCGACACUAAUAAUAAUUCUGUUCAUUUGAUGGUGACUCAUUGAAUGAAUCUAUUACAGGGUUUUUUUCAAGGACUUCACAAGGAACCAGAUGGUGUUUUCCCUUCGGUCCGUUUUUGAAUAUAUUUAAUAUGCAUGGUUGUGUACAUGUCUGCAGGAGAAGGACAUUUUUGCACAGCUGUGUCCUCAUCAGGGAGAAUAGACUUGUGAAGUUGAAACGCAGCACUGAGGCGUCUUUUAUUGAGAAGCAUGUGGAGGGAGAGUGUGACCGAGUACCCGGCUCACUGUGUGAGCACGAGACAAAUGUUCUAUUGUUUAACAGACAAACCACCGCUGACCGUCUCUCGCUUCUUGUGAAGAUUUCCUUUUAUCAUGAUGCUGUUUGUGUGGAGGCGGCCCCUCUCGGGCGCCGUCAAAUCUUCUGGAAUGACACUUGUUGAGGGCCUGCAGAGCGUAGUGAGGAGGGAAACCUUCAGGGAUCUGCGGUCGUCGUCAUAUUGAGAGAACGAUUUGUGCGGUUGUGAUGACACACAGACAGCGGAGCAGGAAAUCUGAAGUAGAGAGAGAUGAGACGGUGAUGUCAUCUGAAAUGAAUUGUAAUAUAUGAGGUGUUUUGUAUUAUAACUGACCGUGGUCUUGCUUUUCACCUGUUGUACUUGUUUGUGCACAUUCGUGUUAUUUUUGCAUCGGUCUUGUUUGACAAAAAAUAAAAAGCUUUGCAUUAUACUGAC